AUGGGAACUUUUGACGUAGUGCUGCAUUGGGAAAUUCUGCCGGUGGGCGGGGAAUGGUUGUUCCGUGAUUACUACCGCGAGAAGCUUGUGGCAUCGCUUCCCAUCCGCGCAUCGAGACAGAAAGGAAUGAGGGGGGGGUCAGGGCGUAUGCGGGGAGCUGAGUAUGCAGGAUAUCAAGGAACGAAAGACAUAUAUGCAAGUGGUAUACCGAAAACAAGGUGCGAGGCCGACGGUAUCUAUAAAAGGGCCUUUGGGGUAUGA